AAAAAAAACUCUUUCUCUGAAAUAAUUAAAACAUAACAAUUCUGCAGUAAAAACGAAAAAUUUUUUACUUUUGUUUUUUUAUUAUGGAAAGCGUUAGAACUACUAUUAAAAUAGCUGAAAAUAAUUUUUUGACUAAAGAAUAUGAACAAGAACCAUUUUUAUUACACACAUAUCAAUAUUAUAUACAAUAUUGUGAAAGUCUUUAUUCUUCAUUUUUUAAAGGACGAAAUACAGAAGUUCAACGUAAUAUAAUACGGAAUAAUUUUGGCCUAAAUGAUGAAGAUAUUAACAGUUGGAAGGGAAGGGCUUUACGUUAUCAAAUGACUCCAGAAAGUUUUACAUUUUUCCUGCAUGUUGCUAUGUAUUCCACUUCAGAAGGCUUCGCCGCAGUACAAGCUAAGAAGUUGGAAAACGACAAAAGUUUAUCUAUGUUAUUAAAACAACAAAUUAAAAAGCGGGAGGAACUGGAAAGACAGCUGGAAUUUUUACCUAGAAGUUACAAGAAGUCCAAAAAAUCAAAGAAAUCAAAAAAAUCAAAAAAAAAGAUUUCAAAAACCCAACUCGAUUCCUCGAAUAAUUCUGACUCAGAAGAGUUAGAUUAUGACGCAAUACCUUUUCAACCGAAUUUAGAAGCUGAUGAUGAUGAUCUAAUGGAUGAUGAUCGAGAUUUGAAUAUAAAUCAGCCGAUCGAUAAGUCUCAUGACGUUCAAGAUCGGCCGAUCGCAGAAUCAUCUGGUACACAACCUAAUGUUGAUAAAUCACUUUUGGAUUUUAAUCUGAACACAGCCACACCAUUAAUAGUCGAUAUUACACAGCCGCAACAUGUAAUACAACAAGAAAAUAUUAGUAUGGAUUUGACAAAGUCUUCGAAGCAAAAAAAAAAGUCAAACAAAAAUUUGGUUAAAAAUGUAAUAACUGGACAUAUACCUACCGAUGAUGAUACAUCGCGAGUCAGAGACAUUUUGGUGUAUGACAUUCUGGUAUCCUGGACUCCUGAAGAUAUUCUGAAGGAACUUUUGAAGAUAGAAUUAAGUACCUUUCAGUUAGCCCAAUUCGAAGUUAAUGAAGAUCCGGUAUGGACUACAGAUUUAGGAGGGAUACCAGUACGAUGA